GAAACAGAGAAAAUUUCUAAGUCGCCGUCAACAUUCUCCUUUGGUACGGACGAGAGAGGAAAGCGAAAGAGAUGAACGUAGUUCACGGGUUGAAGAGGAUUCCUCGCAUCAAAUUUCCUCAGCGACAUUUGAAACCUUCAGAGGGCAAGACGCAGGUGGAAAAUGAAGCUGAUGCAUUUUUCUUCUCCAAUUUGAACAUGCCAAAAACUAUAGGCGGGAAGGCAUCAAUGCAGCCUAAGCGCACGCCAGUUUCAAACGAAGAAAUGGAAGCCAUAUUGUUGGGAGGCUGCAUCUGAUUAUUCAUCAUUACCUAUUGACGAGAAAUGGUGGAUCUCUUGUCUUCUUCACAAUUCACCACAGAAUAUACUUAAGAGUCAAAAAUUGUUUUUCUACAGAAACUGAUGUCCAAUGACACAAUUAAUAAAACAACUCCAUUGCGGUCUCGAAGUUUUUUA